AUGGCCGCCACAGCCGUGGUUAUCGCCUCCCUCUUCGCAGGCUACAUCUACCUCUUCGGCAUCCCCAAGGAAUACAAGCGCGCCAUGGAAGAGAAAGCCCUCGAGACCAUGGGCGAGAACAAGGCUUCUUACAUGACAAAGGUACAGUACCCUAUACAUUCCGAAUCGCAACAAGAAAAUUAUAAAAGUUAGGCUGAUUUGGUCUCCUCUUCUCUGUUAGGAUAUGCUUUCCAAGGUUCCAGAUUCGGAACAGGAAGAUGUCAAGGAGUUCAAGAAGAGUUUGGGGAAUGUGGCCGGUGGUGCGUUGCAGAAUCCUCUGGGGAAGACGGCGGGGAAUACGGCGGAUGAUGCGACCAAGGUCUUCACGGGUCGCUGA